AUGGUCGAUGGAUUCGGAAAUGAAGUCACCGUAGCAGGGCCUUCGGUUCCGAUCGAAAUAUUGGGUUUGAACGGUGUUCCAGAGUCCGGACAACAGUUCGAGGUCGUCGAUGACGAGAAGGAAGCGCGUCAGCGAAUCGACACGCGCCUUCGGCAGGAAAAUCGGCGUCACGACACUGGUAGGCCAUCGACGGUUGCAGAAGUACUUAGGCACCGACAAAGUUACGAUGCUGCAGAGCUCAACCUGGUCGCCAAAACGGGUGCACAGGGUACCAUCGACGCGGUCCGCCGCGCCGUCGACGGGUUGUCCUCACCGGAUGUUCAAGUCAAAUUGCUGCACGCCGCGACGGGCCCGAUUUCAGAGUCGGACGUAAUGCUCGCGUCAGCAUCCGACGCCAUGAUCGUAGGAUUCGAAACUACCGUUGAAACCGCGGCGUCCAGGUUAGCCAACCAGGAAGGUGUCCCGAUCCGGACGUACGACAUCAUCUACACGAUGAUCGAUGACGUGAAGCAGGCUGCUGCCCGACUCACUGAACCCGAGCGACAAGAGGUAGUCCUUGGCCGUGCAACGGUGUUGGAGGUCUUCGCGCAUGGUCGGAGGGAACGCAUCGCUGGUGUCAGGGUCAAUUCGGGAUUGAUGCGUCGCAACGCACGGAUGACCGUGACGCGGCGUGGCGAGGAUAUCUUCGAGGGUGCCGUCUCGUCGAUGCGACAUUUCGACGAAAACGUCAGAGAGAUCGCCACCAACUAUGAAGGUGGUAUUGUGCUCGAUGGGUUCCACGAAUACCAAGAAGGUGACAUCAUCACCUGCUACGAGAUGCGAACGGUUCAGGAUCGAUAG